AUGGCCACUCAAAUGAGUAAGAAGAGAAAGUUUGUUGCCGAUGGAGUUUUCUUUGCUGAAUUGAACGAGGUUUUGACCCGUGAGCUUGCUGAAGAUGGUUACUCUGGUGUUGAGGUUAGGGUUACCCCAAUGCGCACUGAGAUCAUUAUCAGAGCUACUCGCACCCAAGCUGUUCUAGGUGAGAAAGGGAGGAGGAUUAGAGAACUGACCUCAGUUGUUCAGAAGAGGUUCAAGUUUCCUGAGAACAGUGUUGAACUUUAUGCUGAAAAGGUGAACAAUAGAGGACUUUGUGCUAUUGCUCAGGCUGAAUCUCUACGUUACAAGCUCCUUGGUGGUCUUGCUGUGCGCAGGGCUUGCUAUGGUGUUUUGAGAUUUGUUAUGGAAAGUGGUGCCAAGGGAUGCGAGGUCAUUGUCAGUGGAAAGUUGAGAGCCCAAAGAGCCAAGUCCAUGAAAUUCAAGGAUGGAUACAUGAUUUCUUCUGGGCAACCAGUCAAAGAUUACAUCGACUCUGCAGUUAGACAUGUCCUCCUCAGACAGGGUGUUCUUGGUAUCAAAGUAAAGAUUAUGCUUGAUUGGGAUCCUAAAGGGAAACAAGGUCCUAAAACCCCCCUCCCUGAUAUUGUCACCAUCCACACUCCAAAGGAGGAGGAAUACAACCCACCUCAGGAAUACAGCCAGCCUCCUCCUGCUGUUUUAGCCUCUACCGAUAUUGAGGUGCCUGUUGCUUGA